CUGAUUCGACAGUUGGUUAUGAAAUCUGAACGUGUUCGCACGUGCCGCACGGAGCACGCAGCAGCAGCCAACCAGCCAUUAAAAUCAAAAUCAAGCAAACAUCACAAACUCUCUCUCUCAGUCUCUCCCACAACCACAACAACAACAACAACAAAAUUCAGCAAACAAAAAACAAAAAAAAAACAAUAAACUCGAACAACAUUAAUCAAAAUUGAAAACCAAUAACCGAAAAAUAAAUACUUUGACUAACCAAAAAAAUUCUCAAAAUCAAAACCAAUAAAAUAACAAAACCAAAAUAUAUAUACUCAAAAGUGUUUCGACAAACAAAUUUCUGUGUGAUUUCAAAAUUAUCAAUUUCUGCAGUUUCCAGUUUCUCAGUUUCAUCGAAAACUCAAAUCGCAAAUCAAGAAUCAACUUCGAAUAUCAACUCCAUCACGCUGCGUGCAAUGUUUUUUUGUUGUCUUAAUACAAUCAAUCUAGUAUAUUAUUCAAAAUAAACCGUCGGCAAUUAAACAUACUUUUUUUUAUCGUGUUUGGUUGAGGUUUUUUUUUUGUUUUUGUUUUUUUUUUUUGCUUCAAUAUAUAUAUAUUGAUAAGUGUAAAUGUGCAUAUAAUUUAUAUAAAUAUUGAAAUAAUAAGCCGCAAAAGAAAUAGAAUAAAAAAUCUAAAAAGUAAAAUUGAAAUUGAAAUUGUCCGCGACUCAAAAGUGCGAAAAGCGAAAGCGAAAGGCAAAAGGAAACAAAGUUUGAGAAAAGAGAUCAAUGCAAACUCGAGUAAAAUUCCAAAGCGCGCAAUACUAAAUACUUUGGAAUUUACUCACUUUGGAUUGAUCAUCACGUAGAUAGCAACGAGAGUGAAAGAAAGCAAUUCAGUGAUUUGCAGCGCGAUGCAGGCGAUGCUUUGCCUUGUCGCAACUCGUGCGGCGUGCAACACGCCCCUGGCACAGCCGCACUAGUGGGGCAAGGGCAAGGACAAGGGCGAGGCCAGAGAACGAGAGCGAGAGAGCGGUUGUGACGGUUUGUUAGCCCCAGCAAAAAGGACCUAGCAUGGCUGCGGUGGCAGCCCCAACCGCAGCGGCGCUGUCUGCCACAGCAGCAGCAGCAGCAGCAACGGCAGCAACAACAACAGCAGCAGCAGCAGCAACUGUGGCAGCAGCAGCAGCAACAACUGGUGCAACAAUUGCGAGAGCCUCGACAACAACGUUGGCCGGAAAGUUGCUUGGCCAUUUGCAGAACCGUACAGCCGAGCUGAAUGUGGAGGAUAUUGGCAUUGCGCUGGCAGAGAGCAGCGGCAGAGUCCGCGUCAGAGGCGUUGGCGUUGGCCGAGGCGGUGGCAGCGACCGCGUCCCUGGCGAUGAUGAUGCUGCUGACGAUGAUGAUGUUGGCAUCGGCGUCGUCGUUGGCGGGGGAGAAGGCACCGACGACAGUGUGGAUGUUGUUAGCUCCUCGACGCCAAACAGUUAUCUGUCCCUUUACGAUGAGGUGGCCAGCGCCCUAGAUGAGACGCAGGCGGUCGAGGAGGAUGAGGCGGCAGCGGCUGGCUAUGCGUUGAUCGAUGACAUUAGCGAAUGGCUGCUGAGUGCUGCCGGUGGCAACAACCUGACCAUCAGUGCAGGCACAACGCCAACAUCCGUUGGCAACAGCGGCAGCAGUAGUUUAAGUAGUUUAAGCAACAGUGGCACCAGCUCAAAUGACACUCUCAGCUGGCUGUCACUGGACAUCGCCGAGAUGCAGAACACAACGCUCUCGAGUGCGAGUGCGAGUGCGAGUGCAAGUGGGAGUGGCAAUAGCAGCAGCCUUUAUGCGCUGCGCAACUUUGUCGAGCAGCAAUUGAAUGGCGGCGGCGACACGUCGCAGGACACACAGGACAUUGCGCUGAUUGAUAGUGCCGAGGAGAGCGCUCUAGAGAAUGUCGCCGAUGGCGAAACGGAUUACGGCAUUCUCGGUAGCUUCAAUGCGGCAGCCGAGGAAGCGGCAGCGGCGGCGGGGGCGGCGGCUGGCAGCGAUGUCGAACUCCUGCGGCGCACAGCAACGAGACUAACAAAUCGAACGACAGUCACAUCCAGCUACGAUGCGGAUGCCGUUUGGUUGGCGCAGGGCGCAGCAAACGCUGCCAGUGGCAGCGACUCAUCGGGUGGCGCUGGAGCUGGGAUAGCGGGAACGGGAACGGGAACGGGCACUGGCACCGGUGGCAGCUCGUUUAUGCUGCUGCUGGAGAACUUUAACGAUUAUUUUCCUAACUAUAAUGGUAGCACGGUUUCGGGCACAACAGUCGGCACUUCAACGGCCAGCAGCGUUCUCCUCGAUCAGAAUCUGACGAGUUUGUACAUUGAGAACUAUCGAACCAAUUGCACGAAUGCAACGCUCAAUCUAACAACGGAAUCCUGUCACGAACUCCGAGUGGUGGACCACAAUUAUUGGGCGCUGAUAUUGAUAUUGUUUCCAAUCCUAACGCUAUUCGGCAACAUUCUGGUCAUCCUCUCCGUUUGUCGUGAGCGGUCGCUGCAAACAGUUACGAAUUAUUUUAUAGUAUCAUUAGCCAUAGCAGAUCUGCUGGUCGCCGUAGUCGUAAUGCCGUUUGCUGUUUAUUUUCUGGUGAAUGGUGCAUGGGCCUUGCCUAAUGUUGUUUGUGAUUUCUAUAUAGCCAUGGAUGUGAUAUGCUCUACUUCAUCGAUAUUUAAUUUAGUUGCCAUUUCAAUAGACAGAUACAUCGCUGUGACGCAACCAAUAAAAUAUGCGAAGCACAAAAACAGUCGCCGCGUUUGCCUUACAAUACUAUUAGUGUGGGCGAUAUCGGCUGCCAUCGGUUCACCCAUAGUGCUCGGAUUGAAUAACACACCGAAUCGCGAGCCGGAUGUGUGCGCCUUCUAUAAUGCUGACUUUAUACUGUACUCAUCGCUAAGCAGCUUCUAUAUACCGUGCAUUAUCAUGGUAUUUCUCUACUGGAACAUAUUUAAGGCGUUGCGCAGUCGUGCACGGAAACAAAGGGCUGCCAGGAAGCCGCAUCUGUCGGAACUAACGGGCGGCAGCGUUAUCGAGAACAUUGCACAGACGAGGCGACUGGCGGAGACGGCACUCGAUAGCAGCCGGCAUGCCAGCCGCAUUAUGCCCGAUGAGCCGGCCACGAAUACGGCGAGUGGCUCGAAUGAGGAGGAGGACGAGAAUGCCAUAUCGCCCGAUAUCGAUGAUUGCCAUGUCAUCGUUAACGAUAAGUCCACGGAGUUUAUGCUUGCCACAGUCGUUGAGGAGACCGGCAACAGCGUUGUGGCACAGAUCACCACGCAGCCGCAGCUGGUUGUUGCCGAUCCGAAUGGUAAUCAUGAUUCUGGUUAUGCUGCAUCAAACGUUGACGAUGUCCUUGCAGGAGUGAGCGUUGGUGCCGCCGUUAGCAGCACAACGCCGCCCGACAGUCCAGUGCCCAGCGGCGCCACCUUGCAGCGCUCCAGUGUCAGCAGUCGCCGCAACACCGCCGAGGACUCGCCGAAGCGCGGCGAGCCAGCCCUAAGCAGCAGCGUUGCCAUGAAGCCAUUGUCCUUUGUGCGCUACGGUGUGCAGGAGGCCAUGACUUUGGCACGCAACGACUCCACGCUAUCGACCACAUCGAAAACGUCCUCGCGCAAGGAUAAGAAAAACUCGCAGGCGUCAAGAUUCACGAUAUACAAGGUGCACAAGGCCUCCAAAAAGAAACGCGAAAAAUCGUCAGCGAAAAAGGAACGCAAGGCCACCAAAACAUUGGCCAUCGUUUUGGGUGUCUUCCUCUUCUGCUGGCUGCCGUUCUUCACGUGCAACAUUAUGGACGCAAUGUGCGCCAAAUUCGAUAAAGACUGCCGGCCGGGUCUGACGGCCUUUAUGUUAACCACUUGGCUUGGCUAUAUCAAUAGUUUCGUCAAUCCCGUCAUCUAUACGAUAUUCAAUCCCGAAUUUCGCAAGGCAUUCAAAAAGAUAAUGCACAUGGGGUGAUUAUCAACUAGAGCAACAACAACAACAACAACAGCAGUAAAAACUAAACUGGAUUAAGAGAAAAUUGUACUCGAACUGUGCCAAAAACAAAUGCAAACAAAUGAAAUUGAACUCAAAACUCGAAACUCAAUUAGACUCAUAAGAUUGUUGGUUGGUCUCAAUCGACUUACUCGUAUAUACUCGUAAUCCACAUGCAAGAGAAUAUAUACACAUAUAUAUAUAUAUAUAUAUAUAUAUAUAUAUAUAUAUGGGGAGAAAAGAAUAUAACUAGCAAUAUAAGCAUGUAUACUUGACUUGUUUUGUGUAUAUAGCUUUGUAAAUAGCGCAUAAGAUUUAAUCUAAACCGUAUGUAACUAGAAAGUAUAUAGAUAUAUGUACUUGUGUAUGUUGAGCAUUAUAAUGAGCUGUAGGCUAGGCAACAAUUUUUAACAUUAACACUUAGGUAAUGUCUAAUUCUAGUUAAUUUCAUUGAGCUGUUAGCUAUAUAUAUUACGUAUACGCAAUGGUGGUAUACAACACAUACAAAUUUCUAGUAUUACAGUUACAGAGAGAUUCCCAUUCAAUGAUGUGAGAACAUUUUAGCGUGUAGAACAUUUGGCUUUCUCCCGGUGACGAGAUGCAAUUUAUUUAUAUUAUUAUGACAAUUUUGAUUAUUCUUAUUCUUAUUCUUAUUAUUAUAUGUAUAUGUAUGUAUGUUUGUACUUACUUCCGCACACAUAUCACACAUUCAGUUUUUUGAGAUACUCUUAUGGAUUUUUUGUGGCAUCUACACACUGAACUGCCCCCACGAAAAUGAAACCAAAUAACAAACAAAACCUAGUUUUAUAAACUGAAAAGCAAAUCCCACGAUGGCAUAGCAUAUCCUCUAGAAGCAAAAUACAAAAAUACAACUUUGAGAAUCCACGCCUCUCGCCCCCUCUUUUGAUACUUGCUGCAUUACGCGUAGUUCUAUCGAUAGUAUGAUGUCCUAAUAAUAAUAUACACUACAAUCAUACAUACGCAUAUCAAAGAGUUAGUUAGCAGAAGCAGAGACUUGAAGUCAGCGCCUCAAACACGAACUCACCGAAUCGCUAAGCCGAACUGCAUCUGUUAGAUACUUAGGAAUGCUUGAUCAAGAGUUGUACUCAAGAUUUAUAUGAAGUUUAUCUUCAUAUAGCAGACUUACUUGCGAGCAUAGUUUCAGUUCGAACUGCAAUUAUUAUCGCAGCAAGUCGAGUACAUUGCAAAAUUGCACAUACACACCCAACACACUCACACACACACGCACAACAAACACAGAAUCAAAUGAGCCCCACAAAUUGAAAGAAAUUACAUAAUUACGGCGCUGACUUUGAUUAUUCUCUGCUUGAAGCACACACUUUGGUUGGUAUAGACAAAAUACUAAGAGCUGCAUAUGGUAUGUGGUAUGUAUGAAUGUGGAGAACUAAAGAACGUUUCGUAAUAAAAUGUAAGCGCAUUUAAAACCUAGUCUAAGUUCUUAAAGUAUAUACACACAAUUAGUGAAUAUCGUUAGGUAAAACAAGUCCCAAACAACAAAACUGUGCACAAAGUGCGCAAACAAAACAUGAACUAAAAUACUCACUCAGUAUUUUUUGUGUGUUAAAUGCAAAAAGAAAUGAAGUGCGCUAGUGUGUGUGCACUCAAAUGAAGCUUCAAAAUGUACGAGUACUACAAGUCGGUACUGGAACUUAAAUAAUGUACACUAUAAGUUGCAUCAGGGUAUCUAAAGCGUAGGCUUACAAAUUACUAGAGGUGUAAGCAGCGUUCGCAUUCGUUUCACUUCGUGAAAUGAAACUAAACUUAAUAUAAAAGAACAAAAUUUAAAUUUAAUGAUAGAAUUGAAUCGGGAACCGAAAUAUUGUGUACGAUGCUGUCUUGAAUUCGCAUUAACUGAGGUGCUAAUAGAGAACUAGCUGAGUAUCGAUCACAAAGGACCUGGACGAUCACACAAUUACACACACAUACACUCUCUUCCAUCCACAAAUACACUGACAACAAUUGGGAGUUCAAAGGAAAUUUAGGAAUUGGAUUAUGAUUAACGAUGAGCCUUCAUUUCGAACUGCUUGGAGUAUGCCCCUUGCUCACAACCAAUGAAAUAAACAAAAUGGACGCGAAUUCGACAUCGGCAUCGUGUAAAUCGCACACACACACACACACACACUUAUACAUGCAUACACUAAGUCAAACACUCACAUAUACACAGAUUUUGGUCCCUGAUUUCAAUAACCGUCCUCUUCAUUGUUUCUAUGUGACAAAUAAUGUAAAAUGCAGUAUAUAACAGAAAUAUACUAUAAAGCAGAUACUGAAAUAAUACCAAUAUAUAAAUACUAAAUAAAUACUAAAUAAGCGUAAGUACUUAAAUACUUAGUUGUUGACUCUAGGCUAAGCGUGUUUCCAGCUCAAAACUGUGGAGCCCCCCGUAGGAGAAGCUCAACAAAUUUUUAUACUUUCCUAAACAAAAUCAAGAUGAAUCAACAACAAGAAGAAACCAAUUGAGAAUGUAGCAUUUUUUUGUGUAUUUUUUUUUUUAAAUCAUAGAAGAAAAAAAAAACGGUAAAUUCUUAAAUUCUUGAGAUUCUUCUAGGUGCAAUAAGUGUGCUAGGCCCUAAGACGUAAGUACGUAAGAUAUUGUGUAAUAUUCGAUGUGCGAUUAAGUAAAAUUAUAGAAUAAUCUAAAAAAGAAAUGAUAAAGAAAAAGAAAGCUGAAGAGACGGAGCA